UCUACAGACACAGAGACACCGGGACCACCGGGUCACUUCCACGCUGUCAUCGGGGUUUUCAAGGACUCCAGGCUUAAAAAAAAAUGAAAAAGUGCGUUAGUUGAUCGAAAGCUGUGGACUCUUAAAAAGUUCAGUCGCAGAGAACAAAAAAGAAAAAAGAAAAAAGGCAACUCAGCCACCACAUCAUCAGGCUGAAGAAGCUGGAUUUCUUGUCUGACUGGCCUCAUCCCACAUUUUCCUUUUCCACAGGACGAUCAGACUCUUUAUUAGGUUAUGAGUAAUGGAGGCAGGAUCGGUGGUGCGUGCCAUUUUUGAGUUUCUCCCCAGCGUCUCCGAGGAGCUGCCACUCUUCACCGGUGAUGUCAUCGAGGUGCUCAGUGUCGUGGAUGAGUUCUGGUUGCUUGGCAACAAAGAUGGUGUCACAGGUCAGUUUCCCAGCACCUUUGUGGAAGAGGUUACCAUCCCCAGCACCAAGCCUGGAGACAGACUCUUUGUGUGCACCAAUGAUUUCAGCUCAGCAGAGCCAGGCAACCUGUCCCUGAAGAGAGGUGAUGUGGUAGUUGGAGAGGCUCGAGGGUCCACGGACCUCGGAGAAACCUGGCAGCGUGGUUGUAACGCCUGGGGCGUCCGUGGUCUCUUCCCCACAUCAUGUGUGACGGAGCUGACCCUCUCAGGUCGCUCCAGGCAGCUGUCUGAACGCUCAGCCCAGGCCCACGCCUCAGAGCUCCCACCUUACGCCCUGGGCCAGGCCCGGGCCCUCAUGAACCUCCACGCGCAGCUCAAUGAGGAGCUGGACUUCCGCGAGGGGGACUUGAUCAUCAUCACCGGCCUUCCCGAGCCGGGCUGGUUCCAGGGGGAGCUGGAUGGCCGCAGGGGCAUCUUCCCAGAGGGGUUUGUGGAGCUCCAUGGAUCCCUCCGAUCUCCUCAGGAGCCUGUGGACUGCCAGUAUUUGACCAAUGACACUGAAAAAUUUAGCUAUGAGGAUUCUUACCCUUACGAAGGAGAGGGGACAGAGGAGGAAGGUGUAGAAGAAGGAGAGGUUUUUCGGAGAGAUGAAGAGGAGCAGAAGGAGGCAGAAGUAGAAGAGGAGGAGGAGGAGGAAGAGGAGGAGGAGGAUGGUGUCUAUGUUGUGGCACUUUAUGAGUUUCGGGCCAUCGAACCAGGCGAGUUGGACUUUGAUAUGGGGGAUCGCAUUCGUCUUUUAAGCACUUUGGAGGAUGGCUGGCUGGAGGGGGAGCUGCGAGGGCGACGCGGAAUCUUUCCUCAUCGAUUUGUCAAAAUAGAGGAUGACGGGCAGAAAACUGCAGAGGAAACAAAUGUUGUUGAACAAGAAGAAAACAAGGAGAACAGCUGUACUGAAUAUAGCUCAGGUCGUGUAUGUUCUAACGGGUCAGAGAAUGAUCCUGAAUGGAGCCAUUAUGAGGAUCAUACUGUGUGGGACCUGGACUACUUUGAGCGGACUGAGGAGCAGAGGUGGCAAAGUGAAAACAAAAGAACUGGGGCUCAAAUUGAAAGCAGAGGACAGAGAGAUGGGGGUAGCAGGCCUGACUCUCAGCCACGUAGACCUGUCGCCCCAGCACAGAAAGAGCCUGAGAGACCCAGAUCCACUCCUCCAGCAAGGCCCAAACUCCCAUCUCGGCCUAGCCUGCCUGCAGGUAGCCAUAAGCACCAUCGCCCAUCUUCUGGCGCAAAUCAGUCUACCUAUACAAACGGUAACGCUCGCUCCUCACAGUCCAAAUUAACUCAUAGCCUCACCCUCCCUAGCUCUCAGUCUGGUUGGUCUUCAAACAGCAGAAACCACCAGAGGUCACCAAAAGAUGGUGCCACCAGCAGUAACAGGAUUGGCAGUCUUGGACAGGCGUUAUUUAACCUCGCUGAAGGCCAUAGGCAGAAGAAGCUCACUCGCCAUGCUAGUGUCAGCGAUGCUGAUAUGAUGACGGGCAGCGCUGAGACACGGCAACGCUCCCAGCAGACGUCGCGGGGCUCCAAUGGUUUGAUGCCAACAUCCAUCACUUUAGACGCCCUGGCAACCUCAGCCGGUGACCUGGAGGCCAAGCUAUCCCAGCAGCUUUUUGAGUUUGAGAAAAGCUUGACUUCUUCAUACAGUGAUACCAACGUGAGCUCUGGUUCUCCCAGGGACAUGGCUUCCGUAGGUGACCCGAGCCAGCAAUCACGUAUGUUGCGCCACUUUUCUAUCAUGGACUUCAGCGAUGAAAGCGAUAUCAUACGAGGCUCCUCACAUUCACCAGUGUCCCAGCUAUUGCAGUCGAGCUCGGCCUCGUCCUCACUAGAGAGACGCAGGACCCUUCGUCCUCCCCCUCCUCGUCCUAGAGUCCUUCGUCCCUCGGCCCCGCCUCCAUACAAACCAGCCCGCCCUGCUCCGCGCGCCCCUCAACGCUGCCCAAAACAAAAUACUGCUCCUCCAACCAUCUUCUACAACCCUGAUGAACCAGCUAUAAACCUCCUGGACCAAAUAACAGAAGGGAGGGCUGAGUUCGGUGACCUAGCGGCCGCCCAGGAACACGAAAUCCAGUGUCAGCUGGAGGCCGAGAAAGAGCUCGAGAGAGAGAUGGAGUUGGAGAGUCAGAGACGGAGUGAAGAGGAGGAAAGGUACCAACUGCUGCUACGGCUACAAGAGGUGGAGCACGACAUGGAUGCUUAUGCCCACACAGCGGAGGAACUCAGGAACAUGUUGGAGGAGGAGGAGGAUGAGACGGCCCGCAUGCAAGCCAUGGAGAAUCUGGAGUUCUGCAACUACACUCUGGAGACACUGGCCCUGGAGCAGCAGCAGCUACAAGAGAUGACGCUCGUGUCAUCACAACCCAAACCUCUAGACUCAACCCCCACCUCGGACUCGACCCCGGCCGCCGGCACAGGCACCGAGGAUCCCGAGCUGAGGAUGCUGGAGAAGAGGUCAAAGGUGAUCGAAGAGCUGCUGCAGACUGAGAAGGACUACAUCAAAGACCUGCAGAUGUGUGUCGAGGAGAUCAUCGAGCCACUGCAGAAGAAGCAGGUGAAGAAUGUGGACUUUGAUGGGCUCUUUGGCAACAUCGCCUCAGUGAUUGACUUGUCACAACGCCUGUUUGAAACACUGCAAGACACAGACUCUAUUGGAAAAAUAUUUCUGGACUUCAAAGCUGAGCUGGAAGAGGUUUACAAGAUCUACUGCCAGAACCAUGAUGAUGCCAUCUCUCUGCUCGAGAGUUAUGAGAAGGACGAAAACAUCCAGCGUCACGUGUUGGAGUGUCUGGAGAGACUGAGGGCCAUAUAUCGCGAGUGGGGGAAAACAAAUUACAUCAACCUCGGCUCUUUCUUAAUCAAGCCGGUGCAGCGGGUGAUGCGUUACCCGCUGCUGCUGAUGGAGCUGCUGGGGGCCACACCGGAGAGCCACCACGACCGGCCCCUGCUGACUGAAGCUCUGCUGGCCAUCAAAGAGAUCAACGUAAACAUCAACGAGUACAAGCGCAGGAAGGACCUUGUGGUGAAGUACAGGAAAGUCGACGAGGACACGUUCAUCGACAAGAUCUCCAAGCUGAGCAUGCACUCCAUUAUCAAAAAGUCCAACCGUGUCAGCAGCCACCUCAAACACCUCACAGGAAUUUCACCACAGAUUAAAGAUGAAGCGUUUGAUGAGGCUGAGAAGAGGUUCAGGCUGCAGGAGAGACUAAUCAAGUCUUUUAUCAGGGACAUUUCUCUCUACCUGCAACAUAUAAGGGAAUCAGCGUCUGUAAAGGUCUUGGCAGCCAUCAGCUUCUGUGACAUCUACACCGAGCGAAGUGUCCUCGACCCCGAGCGCUUCCAGAGAGCUCACCGCUGCAUCAGCGACAAACAGUUCACACAAUUUAAGGAGCGCACAGAGGCCUUAGUCAUCAACCCGCUCACCCAGCUCCUCCUCAUGUUCGCCGGGCCGCACAAACUCAUCCAGAAGCGCUUCGACAAGCUGCUGGACUACGACAACUGCAAGGAGCGCGCUGACCGCCUCAAGGACCGCCGCGUACAGGACGAGCUGCAGGCGGCGCGCAACAACUAUGAGGCGCUCAACGCCCAACUUCUGGACGAGCUCCCCAAGUUCCACGGUGCAGCAGAGGAUCUGUUUACUGGCUGUGUGAGGGCUUUCGCUCAAUCCCAGAAGGACUUCAUGAAAACGACAUUGGGAGAGCUGAGGCCCCUCCUACAGGCUUUUUCAACAAAAGCUGGCACAGAGGGCAACCUGAUUUCCAAGUUUCAGGAGGAGUACGGUCGAGUUCUCCAACUUCUGCAGAGCUUUAGCUUCUGCCCGGAGAACCUUCCUCCAGCCACCUCCACAAAAAAGACCUUUGAGAAGAAGACUCUUGAGAAGCAGACCUCUAAAAAGCUGCAUGCACCUCCCAACCACAUCAUGCAGACAGAUGAGCACCGUGCAGGACUUCUGUUGCGCUAUGGUCCUGAGAAACUUUUCCAGGCAGAGAGAAACUUCAAUGCAGCGCAGGAUCUGGACGUGUCUAUACUAGAGGGAGACCUUGUGGGUGUAAUCAAGCAGCAGGACCCCAUGGGUAGCAACAACCGCUGGCUAAUUGAUAAUGGAGUCGGCAAGGGAUUUGUGUACAGCUCCUUCCUCAAACCCUACAACCCACGCAGGAGCCAAUCAGACGUCUCCAUCGAGAGCCAAUCGUCUAAUGAGUCAGGAUACGGCGGCUCCUCGCCUGUUUUCUCCCGCCAAAACAGCAACAGCACACUGACCUUUAACCAGGACACGGCCACCGUCAGCUUUUCAACAUCGCAGCCCCAAACUCAAUCAUCGCCACACCCUUCGCUGGACUCUGCCUCAUCUCGCAGGAGUCACCACAGGGAUGCGACCAACCUCGACCCUGCCAGUCAGAGCAACUCCAUAAACUCCUCCCCCAGAAAUCCUUCAAACCGCAAGGAAUACUCAGACCAAACGCACCACACAUCCUCCGCUCACAGAGACACCGAGCCUCCCAACCGGCAUUCAGCCAAUCACAGAGACACGUACGAUGCGAGUUGUGCAAGUUUGAGCGGCCGCAAGGAGAUGCCAGACCUCUCGGAGACAGACUCUUAUUCUUCUCUCAGAAACAAUCGCUCACAGCGCUAUGGACACACAGACAAAACACACAGUUCAUACCAGUGGAGAAAUGGAGAUAAUAAUGGCCAGAAGAAAAAAGUUGAGUACAUCGAGCCGGAGCCAGAACCAGAACCAGAACCAGAACCAGAACCAGAAGAUGAGAGUGAAUUAGAUAGUCAUCAGAUUUACUACGCUCUCUACUCCUUUGAUGCCCGUUGUGCCAAUGAACUGAGCAUCUCGGCCAAUCAGCAGCUGCGGAUACUGGAGUUCAAGGACAUGAACGGCAACAGUGAAUGGUGGCUCGGGGAGGCAGGAGGCCGGCGAGGCUACGUUCCUUCCAACUACAUCCGCAAAUCAGAAUACACAUGAACAAGGUUUAAUCAUGAGACUUUACUUGGACUUGAAGAGGUCUCACUCUGCGAGCAGACAGAGCAAAGAGACAAACAAGCGUCUGUGACUUAUGUUUGAUCUGUUGUCAUGGCGUUUGAUAGUAAGAAGGACUGACUAUUGCUGCUGACUCUGCUCCUGAUAGUUAGCAUUAUAUGCCUAUAUUUAUAGACCUUUUAUAUUAUUUUUUCUUACUGGAAAUUGCACCCUACUCCCUCUUGUUUACAGGGAAAAACCUGUGAAUUGCACCAGAUUGUUUGCCAUAUUUUCUGUUGCUAAAGAGAGUGAAUUGUAUGUUGAAGAGAACAUUCUUAAAGGUUAGCGCAUUGGGAGAUUGCAAUAGAAAUGUGCACGUUUUGGGUUCAGACUGGUUCUUCUAAACAAACACCAAGUGGUAUGUAGACAGAUUGAGCUUAACAGUGUGUUAAGGACUUUUUUCUGCAUGUGGUUCAUUACACAACUAGAAUGAUGAAUAUAUACCAUACAGUUCAACAAUCAAGGUUUAAGGCACUUACGAUGAUUAUCCAGUGGUUGCAAGUUUUGAAGUGUCUGGGCAGCCAUCAAGAAGAAUUUGGAGUGUUGUAUGAAAUGAAUAAGGACUAUAUGAAUUAAAUGUAAGGCUAAAGUUGAAUGGCAUUUGAUAAAUGGUUUACUAGCACUCCACUUUUUAACUGAGUUGACACUGUGCAAACAGGUGAUGACCCAGGUUACCUGUAAGAGGAGGGCAACAAACAGGGAGAGAGAUUGUGGUCUGAUCUGAACUCUUGACUUCUCCACAUUAUCCCUAUGUACAUGACAUAUAUUGUUGUUUAUUGAGAAUAUGCUAUUGCACCCACUGUAAAGUGAUCACUGAAUAAAA